AUGGAGAACCUUCCAGAGGAUGUGACAGGAAAUAAUACUGCGAAUUGCACCAUUGAUCACAGCAUACAUCAGAUAUUGUCACCUGUGAUAUACAUACUUGUCUUCGUUGUAGGACUCCCAGCCAACUGUCUUUCACUGUACUACGCCUACUUGCAGGUUAAGGUCAAGAAUGAACUGGGAAUCUACCUUUGUAAUUUGACUGUAGCAGACCUGUUUUACAUCUUCUCCUUGCCAUUUUGGCUCCAGUACGUUCUACAGCAUGACAACUGGACCUAUGAUGAACUCCUAUGCAAAAUCUGUGGAAUCCUCUUGUAUGAAAAUAUUUACAUUAGCGUGGGUUUCCUCUGCUGCAUUUCAAUUGACCGUUACCUAGCUGUGGUGCACCCUUUUCGCUUCUACCAGUGUCGCACAAUGAAGGCCGCUAUCGUGGUGAGCAUUGUCGUCUGGACCAAGGAAAUUCUCACAUGCUGGUUUGUUUUUAAGCACGGUGAAGUGAGUAAGGACUCGGACAGCCAUGUAGUGUGCUUUGAGCAUUAUCCCAUCAAAGACUGGGAGCACAACAUCAAUUAUUACCGUUUUGCUGCUGGCUUCAUAUUCCCAUUUUUUCUGCUAGUUUUUUCUUACUGUGGCAUUUUGAGGGUUGUACGCAAGAGUCAUGGCACUCAGAAGAAGAAAAAGAUUCAAAUCAAACGUCUGGUUUCCAGCACAAUUGUUAUUUUCUUGGUUUGCUUUGGGCCAUAUCAUGUUCUAUUGUUGGUGCGUAGUCUCUUUGAGGAAAAUUGUACAUUUGCUGCUGCAAUCUUUAACAGCUAUCAUUUUUCUCUUUUGCUAACCACUUUCAACUGUGUUGCAGACCCAGUUUUGUACUGCUUUUCCAGUGAGAACACCUACCAGGACUUUGUCAAAAUAGGAGACACCUGUUUAAGGUGCCUAAGAUGUGUGCAGAUAAAAACCAAGGAAUCUUACCAGCUGAACACUCCUGAAACAUUCAAAAAAUUCAAAGAACAGACUGAGCUGGAUCCAGAAUUGUUAGAUAAACCACAUGUUCAUGAAAUGGAGGAAACAUGA